GUGGUGUGGCGUUACCUGCUGAACGUGUUCCCUGGUGGUCCCCCUGACCCACCUGACCCCCCCUUUCCCUGUCCCCCCCAGGUGGUGUGGCGUUACCUGCUGAACGUGUUCCCGGCGGGCCUCUCUGGCCAGGAGCGCCUGUCCCACCUGCGCCGCAAGGCGGGCGAGUACCGGGCGCUGAAGGCGGCCCUGCGCGCCCGCGCCGCGCCCGCCGAGCUGGCCCAGGUGGGCGCCGCCGUGCGCAAGGACGUGGUGCGGACCGACCGCGCCCACCCCUACUUCGGGGGGCCCGAGGAGGGGCACCCGCACCUGCUGGCGCUGCAGGAGCUGCUGACGGCCUUCGCGCUGGCGCACCCGCGCCUCUCCUACUGCCAGGGCAUGUCGGACGUGGCGGCGCCGCUGCUGGCCGUGCUGGACGACGAGGCCCAGACCUACCUGUGCUUCUGCUCCCUCAUGCGCCGCCUGCGCCCGCGCUUCCGCCCGGGGGGCCGCGGGCUGGCCCGGGCCUUCGCCCACCUGCGGCGGCUGCUGCGGCGCGCGGACCCCCCGUUCUGGGCCUUCCUGGCGGCGCGGGGGGCCCACGACCUGCUCUUCUGCUACCGCUGGCUCCUGCUGGAGCUCAAGCGCGAGUUCGCCUUCGAGGACGCGCUGCGGGUGCUGGAGGUCACCUGGAGCUCGCUGCCCCCCGCCCCGCCCCCGCCCCCCGCGGGGGUCCCGCUCCUGGGGGCGCCGCUGGGACCCCGGCGCGCCCGCCGGGCGCUGAGGGAGCGCCGGGCGCUGCGGCCCAGACCCCCCCGCGGCAGGAGGAGGGAACGAGGAGGGGAGGGGGGAGGCGGAGCAGUGGGGGGGCCGGGGGGGGCUGAGGGCGCUGGUGGUGGCACUGGGGGUCCUGAGGACGUCCCCGAGGGUCCCGAGAGCUCCAGUGAUGUCCCUGAGGGUACCAAGGACAUCCCUGAGGGUCCCAAGUGCUCCAGUGACGUCCCUGAGGAUCCCAAGGAUGUCCCCAAGGGUCCCAAGAGCUCCAGUGAUGUCCCUGAGGGUCCCAGGGACAUCCCUGAGGGUCCCAAGAGCUCCAGUGACAUCCCUGAGGGUCCCAAGAGCUCCAGUGACAUCCCCGAGGGUCCCAGGGACAUCCCUGAGGGUCCCAAGAGCUCCAGUGACAUCCCUGAGGGUCCCAAGAACAUCCAGGAGCGUCCCAAGAGCUCCAGAAACGUCCCCAAGGGUCCCAAGAGCUCCAGGUACGUCCCCAAGGGUUCCAAGAGCCCCAAAGACCCCGAUGGCUCCAAGGACACGGUUCGAGGUCCUGGUGGUCCCAGGAAGGUCGAGGAAGGCACCGACGCCCUUGAGAUUGACCAACAGCCCAACUUCUCGGGGGGGGUUGGAGAAGAACCCGGAGAGGGACGUGGUGACCCCAGAGAGGGACACGAUGACCCCAAAGGUGGACACGAUCCCAGAGAGGGGUGUGAUGACCCCAGAGAUGGACACAGUGACCCCAAAGAGGGACACGAUGACCUCAAAGAGCGACACAACCCCAGAGAAGGACCUGAUGACCCCAAAGGGGGACAUGGUGACCUCAAAGAGGGACACGACCCCAGAGAAGGACACAGUGACCCCAAAGAGGGACACGAUGACCUUGGACAACGUGACGACCCCAGGAAGAGACGCGAUGACCCCAAAGAUGGACAUGGAUGCGAUGACCCCAAAGAGGGACACGGGGGCCCCAGAGAUGGACACAACGACCCUAGAGAAGGACACAACGACCCCAGAGACGGACACGACCCCAGAGAGGACCGCGACGACCCCGUAGAGCUUCACGGCGACCCCACGGAGGACCUUGACGCCCACCCCGACCCCACCGCCGAAGACCCCUGGGGCGGCCGCUGGGCCUGGGAGGACUCCGGCUCUUCUUCCUCCUCCUCCUCCUGUUCCUCCUCCUCCUCCUCUGACGAAGAGCUGGGGGUGGAGGACGACGGGGCGCCGCUGCCGCCGCCGGAGGAGCUGGGCCAGGGGAACCCCUUCCUGCUGUUCGUGUGCCUGGCCAUGCUGCUGGAGCAGCGCGACGCCGUCAUGGCGCGCGCCGGCGACUACAACGAGGUGGCCAUGCACUUCGACCGCCUCGUGCGCCGCCACCACCUGCCCCGCGUCCUGCGCCGCGCCAAGGCCCUCUUCGCCGGCUACCUCGAGGGCUGGGGGGGAGCCCCCGCCGCCGGACCCCCGUAGGAGCCGCCGCGGGGACGCCGCCGGGAGCUCGGGGCCACCGGGGAGGAGCUCAGGGUCACCACGAGGAGCUCAAGGUCUUCUCUGGGGACGCCUCGGUCGCCGGGGGGACUUGUAGGACAGUGUGGAGACCCCGUAAAACGUCACCAGGGGACACCAUGAGGAACCCAAGGUCACCACGAGGAACUCAAGGUCUUCUUUGGGGACGCCUCGGUCGCUGGGGGGACUUGUAGGACUGUGGAGACCCCAUAAAACAUCUCCAGGGGACCCCAAGGACACCAUGAGUAGCUCAAGGUCACCACCACGAGCCCAAGGUCACCAUGAGGAGCUCAAGGUCUUCACUGGGGACGCCUCGGUCACCGGGGGGACUUGUAGGACAGUGUGGAGACCCCAUAAAACGUCACCAGGGGACCCCAAGGCCACCAUGAGGAGCUCAAGGUCACCACGAGGAACUCAAGGUCUUCUCUGGGGACGCCUCAGUCGCUGGGGGGAUUUGUAGGACAAUGUGGAGACCCCGUAAAACGUCACCAGGGGACCCCAAGGACACCACGAGGAGCUCAAGAUCUUCUUUGGGGACCCCUCGGUCACUGGGGGGACUUGUAGGACUGUGGAGACCCCAUAAAACAUCUCCAGGGGACCCCAAGGACCCCAUAAGAAGCCCAAGGCCACCGUGAGGAACUCAAGAUCUUCUUUGGGGACCCCUCGGUCACUGGGGGGACUUGUAGGAGAACAUGGAGACCCCCUAAAACAUCUCCAGGGGACCCCAAGGACCCCAUAAGAAGCCCAAGGCCACCGUGAGGAACUCAAGAUCUUCUUUGGGGACCCCUCGGUCACUGGGGGGACUUGUAGGAGAACAUGG